AUGUCUAGAUCAGGUUACGACGCCGUCGUAGACGUCGACGACGAAGGCGACCUAGGCCACACAGACCUCCAAGAUGACCUCGAAUUUCACCCCUCCAACUUCUCCGAAAGCACCCCAGCACUCGGCACCAACUCGACCCGCCACAAGUCCUCCGCUGCCUCUCCGUCCCUCCCGCUCCCGGCCACCGCCAACAUGUCGUCGUCACAAUCUGGAGGGGGGAGCAAGCGCUUCCUGUGGACGCUGUCGUUCUACGGGCAGUUCUUUGACGUCGACACGGCGUCGGUGCUGCACCGGUGCGGCGCCGCGCUGUACCCGCGGGCGAACUUCCUGGACGUGCUCGAGGGCAACCCGGAUCUUUACGGGCCGUUUUGGAUUGCCACGACAGUGGUGCUGAUUUUGUUCCUGGGGGGAACCAUUAGUGAUUACCUUGCGAGGGAGGGCAGGGGCACAUUUGCGUAUGAUUUUGGAUUGUUGAGCGGUGCGGCUGGGCUGGUGUACGGGUAUACCUUUGUGAUCCCCGUGGUGCUGUACCUCGCGCUGCGGUACUUUGGGUCAGAAAGCGCCAACUUGCUUGAGUGCUGGGCGCUGUACGGGUAUGGGAACUUGAUCUGGAUCCCUGUCGCGCUCAUUAGCUGGUCGCCGAUUGCGAUUCUGAACUGGGUGUUUGUUGGGGUCGGGUUCGGCCUGUCGGUCGCGUUCCUGCUGCGUAACCUGUACCCCGUGCUGAGCGCGACGGACCGCCAGACCAGCAAAGUGCUGCUGAUCCUGGUGGUGGCGCUGCACUUUGGCCUGGCGAUCGCGAUCAAAGUGCUGUUCUUUGCGCACGGCAGCCCGGCGUUGAAGGAUGAUGGAGGGCCGGAGAAGACGGAUCCGGCGCCCGGGAGGCUAUUUUAG